CCUCGGCCUAGGGGAGUCGCACAAUUAUGAGAAGGAGCCGCCGGGCCAAGACCGCCGCCGCCAGCGUUGGGUCCCGGAGCAGAGCCGAGCUCAAGCCGCCCCGCUCUCCUCCUCGUCCCUGGAGCGCUGCCCUCUCCCGGCCUCUCCCUGCCCAGCCCCCCGCAGCCGCCGAGCUCAGCCCCGAUAGAUGGAGACAGGCCCCGCCACCGCCGAAGCACGAGCAGGAGCAGCCCGGCCCGAGGAGAGCCAGAGCCGGCGCCGAGACCCAGCCCGACCCUGAGGAGAAUGUCCCAGAAAUCCUGGAUAGAAAACACUUUCACCAAGAGGGAAUGUGUGUAUAUUAUACCAAGUUCAAAGGACCCUCACAGAUGCCUUCCAGGAUGUCAAAUUUGUCAACAACUUGUCAGGUGCUGCUGUGGUCGCUUGGUCAGGCAACAUGCUUGCUUUACUGCAAGUCUUGCCAUGAAAUAUACAGAUGUCAAACUGGGUGAAAAUUUUAAUCAGGAAAUAGAAGAAUGGUCAGUGGAAAAACACACAGAACAGAGUUCAACUGAUGCUUAUGGUGUCAUUAACUUUCAAGGUGGCUCUCAUUCGUGCAGAGCAAAGUAUGUGCGAUUGUCAUAUGACACUAAGCCUGAAGCCAUUCUACAACUUCUUCUUAAAGAAUGGCAAAUGGAGCUGCCCAGACUUGUUAUCUCUGUACAUGGGGGGAUGCAGAAAUUUGAACUUCAUCCACGCAUCAAACAAUUGCUUGGCAAAGGUCUUAUUAAAGCUGCAGUAACAACAGGUGCCUGGAUUAUAACUGGAGGAGUGAACACAGGUGUUGCAAAACAUGUUGGUGACGCCCUGAGAGAACAUGCUUCCAGAUCAUCUCGAAAGAUUUGCACUAUUGGGAUAGCUCCAUGGGGAGUGAUUGAAAACAGAAAUGACCUUGUUGGAAGAGAUGUUGUUGCUCCAUAUCAAACUCUAUUAAACCCUCUAAGUAAACUAAAUGUCCUAAAUAAUCUCCAUUCCCAUUUCAUACUGGUGGAUGAUGGAACAGUUGGAAAGUAUGGAGCAGAAGUUAACUUGCGAAGAGAACUGGAAAAAAAUAUCAAUUUGCAGCGGAUCCAUGCAAGAAUUGGCCAGGGUGUCCCUGUGGUAGCACUGAUAUUUGAAGGUGGUCCCAAUGUUAUCCUCACAGUUUUGGAAUACCUUCAAGAAAGUCCUCCUGUGCCAGUAGUAGUAUGUGAGGGAACUGGGAGAGCUGCAGACAUACUGGCAUAUGUUCAUAAGCAAACAGAAGAGGGAGGAAAUAUUCCUGAUGGAGCAGAACCUGAAAUCAUUUCAACCAUCAAAAAGACAUUUAACUUCGGUCAGAGUGAGGCAGUUCAUCUGUUUCAGACGUUGUUGGAAUGCAUGAAAAAAAAAGAACUUAUUACCGUAUUCCAUAUUGGGUCAGAUGAACAUAAAGAUAUUGAUGUUGCAAUACUUACAGCGCUGCUAAAAGGUACAAAUGCUUCUGCAUUUGACCAGCUUAUCCUUACGCUGGCGUGGGACCGAGUUGAUAUUGCCAAAAAUCAUGUUUUUGUUUAUGGACAACAGUGGCUGGUUGGAUCCCUGGAACAGGCUAUGUUAGAUGCCCUUGUGAUGGAUCGAGUUGCGUUUGUGAAACUUCUUAUUGAAAAUGGAGUAAGCAUGCACAAGUUCCUUACAAUUCCCAGGCUGGAAGAGCUUUACAACACAAAACAAGGCCCAACUAACCCAACACUCUUUCACCUUGUUCGGGAUGUCAAACAGGGAAACCUUCCUCCAGGAUAUAAAAUCAACCUGAUUGAUGUAGGGCUUGUUAUUGAAUAUUUGAUGGGAGGAACCUACAGAUGCACCUAUACGCGAAAACGCUUUAGAGUCAUAUACAACAGUCUCGGUGGGAACAGUCGGCAAUGUGUAUUUACAAGUAAAGGCAAUUUCAAACAUCGUAUGGAAGUAUCAGCGCUAUCAUUUCAUUAUGGCCUACCAUGAAAAACCAGUCCUGCCUCCACCUCUUAUUAUUCUUAGUCACAUGGCUUCCUUAUGUUGUUGUAUAUGUAAAAGAAGAAAGAAAGACAAGACUUCAGAUGGACCAAAACUCUUCCUAACAGAAGAAGACCAAAAGAAACUUCAUGACUUUGAAGAGUUGUGUGUUGAGAUGUAUUUCAAUGAAAAAGAUGAUAAAUUCCACUCUGGAAGUGAAGAGAGAAUUCGAGUCACAUUUGAACGGGUUGAACAAAUGUGCAUUCAGAUAAAAGAAGUUGGUGAUCGAGUCAACUACAUCAAACGGUCAUUGAACUCUUUAGAUUCUCAGAUUGGCCACCUACAGGAUCUCUCUGCUCUCACUGUGGAUACUCUAAAAACACUAACUGCACAAAAAGCUUCGGAAGCCAGCAAAGUCCAUAAUGAAAUUACCCGGGAGUUAAGCAUUUCAAAACAUUUGGCACAAAACAUUAUUGAUGAUGGUUCUCUGAGAUCUUCAGUAUGGAAAAAACACAACAUUGGAAAUGUGUUUGGUUCUUCUUUUCCACAAGGAGACGUCGAGAGUAGUAAUGCUUUAUUAUGUAACAUUUCUAUGCACAGUGAAAGAGAUAUUCAACAUAAGACAAUUGGCCAGGAUUUAGCUCCAGUUUCCAGGGGGGAAGAACUAAACUUUCAAGAGGCAGGUUCCUCAGGCAGUGCCUUUUUUCCAAGUGCUGUUUCGCCUCCAGAACUUCGACAAAGAUUACAGGGUUCAGAGAUCUCAAAAUCCAUUAAUAAAAAUAAAAAAUUAGGCAAUUCGUCGAACAGCAUGCCACGUCUAACAUCCCCAACAGCUAAGUUAUUUGUUAGCACUCCAUCUCAGCCGAGUUCUAGAAGUCAGUUGGAAUCUACAGCAAACAAUGAAGCAGCAAUUUUGUCUAAGGCUACAGAAGGAGAUAGUAACGUAGAAUUUGGUGCAUUUGUGGGUCACAGAGACAGCAUGGAGUUACAACAAUUUAAGGAGUCAGCAAUUAAAAUUAAAGAAAAAAAUGCUAAUAUUGAGGAGCAACAAGAGGACUUUAAGAAAGCUAUUCUGGAGGGCAUGGAGAUGACCAAACAUCAGGGCAACCUAAAACAGGUUAAUUCUUGUGAUGGAUUUACAGAAUAUCACAAAAACUCUUUGGCAAUUCAUUCAGAACAAUUUCACAACAAAAGUAGAAGAGCAUCAGCUGAAGAUACUCAGCAAGUAGACUCUAAGGCUGCAUUGCUCACGGAUUGGUUACAAGGUAGACCUUCAAGUAACAAUCAAAUGCCUUCUGAAGAAGAUGCCUUGAAUGGUAUUGCUUCUCCUUUCAAGCCGAUCAUGGACACCACUUACUACUACUCAGCUGUGGAAAGAAAUAACUUGAUGAGAUUAUCACAGAGCAUUCCAUUCACUCCUGUGCCUCCAAGAGGUGAGCCAGUCACUGUGUAUCGCCUUGAAGAAAGUUCUCCCAACAUCUUGAACAACAGCAUGUCUUCCUGGUCACAGCUAGGACUCUGUGCUAAAAUUGAAUUUUUAAGUAAAGAGGAGAUGGGAGGUGGAUUACGUCGAGCUGUUAAAGUAGCAUGCACUUGGUCAGAAUAUGAUAUUCUGAAAUCAGGACAUCUUUAUAUCAUCAAAUCUUUUCUUCCUGAAGUUGUGAAUACUUGGUCAAGCAUUUACAAAGAAGAGACAGUGUUGCACCUCUGUUUGAGAGAAAUUCAACAGCAGAGGGCAGCACAGAAGCUAACGUUUGCUUUCAAUCAAAUGAAGCCUAAAUCCAUUCCAUAUUCUCCAAGGUUCCUGGAAGUUUUCCUGUUAUAUUGCCACUCAGCUGGACAGUGGUUUGCAGUUGAGGAGUGCAUGACUGGAGAAUUUAGAAAAUAUAACAAUAACAACGGUGAUGAAAUAAUUCCAACUAACAUGCUAGAAGAGGUCAUGCUAGCAUUCAGCCACUGGACUUAUGAAUAUACAAGAGGAGAGUUGCUGGUACUUGACCUGCAAGGUGUGGGUGAAAAUUUGACAGAUCCCUCUGUGAUAAAAGCUGGAGAAAAAAGGUCAUAUGAUAUGGUGUUUGGUCCCGCCAACUUAGGAGAAGAUGCAAUCAAAAACUUCAGAGCUAAGCACCAUUGCAAUUCUUGCUGUAGGAAACUUAAACUUCCUGAUCUGAAGAGAAAUGAUUAUACGCCUGACAAAAUUAUAUUUCCUCAGGAUGAUUCUCCAGAAUUGACAAUUCAGCCUGGAAGCUGCACCAAAGAAUCAGAAUCAACUAGUUCUAUUCAUCUGAUGCUGUAAUGACAUGAGCAAACAUUGGCUUUACACAGUGUCACUAAGUUGUAGAUUAUCUGUCUUCCACUAAAAUCAAAUGAAAGAGAGAUCAAAACAAAGAACCAAGUGUUAUAAGUGGAAUUUUGAUAUCUGGUCCGUAAUCUAAGGACCUAACAACUUGUGGUAACCAUCUACAGAGAUGAGCUGGCAGCUGAUUAUUUUAAGGGUUGAAUGACAAGAAUUUAUGAAAUGUUUUUAAAGGGUCUUUUUAGAAGAAGGUUAUUUUUAGUUUUGCUUUUGUCCAAUGGAGGUUCGUCUAAUCCUGUGGUGCAAUAGGCUCUUGACUAAAAGGACUUUUUUUGGGAUGUUUUAAGGCAAAAUGUCUGUUUGGCAGCUGGUUUACUGUCAGCCAGCUAGAGAAAUAGGAGACUGCAUCCUUCUUCAUUGUCAGAGGUUUCCCUGGGCUUUGUCAGAAGUGUCCCAUCUUAUUAGAUGCCAUGUAGUUUCAUCUGGCCUUUGGAAGGGAACAGAUCCAAAGGAUCUGUGUAUAUCGUGCCAGUAUGCUGAGGUUGAAGUCAGAAAUGGAUCUAUUCCAAUAAAGAGUUUGUCUCCUGAAUCAGGAUUCAGCUUCACAGGUGUGAAGCCAGUUUUCAUGGAAUAGAGCCUUAAUUGUGUAAUGAAAUUUCUUGUUUUUAUACAUUUCAGUUUUAUCAAGUCACUGUCAAAUAGUAACAAAUAAAGCCAGGAUAGACUGGUAUAAUUACAUCAUAUAGUAGAAAAGAGUACAUGGUGUCCAAACAAGAAGUUGCCUUGUUGAAAUAAAAAAAGAAACAAAUCGGGGAAGUGCUUUUUCUUGUAAUGACUGCUUCUGAAGUUAUGCCUUCCAAAAAUCUCAUAAAACCAGUAUAUCAAAGCAGAAUGUACACAUGAACUUUUAAAUGUAUUUAAAAUUGUAUAGAAACAUCUUUAAUGUUAUGUUGUUUGUGGUACUUAUUUAAAAAAGACUAGGGUUGGUUUAGCAUUAUGUAAAGUACGGGAGAUUGCAAUGCAACUUUAUGCCAAUAAAAUGUAACUUAACUGUCCCAAGUCUUGUUGAGUAUUCAACAAGAAAAACCUGUUGUCCAACUGAAGUUUCAUGCUGCGAUUUUUAUUUUGUUUGUUACAUAGGUACUAAUUUGUAAUUUUUAAUUGAAGGGCAAUAUAAAGCUCUCUAAAUUUUUUUUUUUUUAUUCAGUAGUGUAUCUUAUAGAUACAGACCUAAGGCACGAACACAAUAGCUGUUUAAAUCGUGUUUUACGUUGAUGGGGGGGAAAGGUAAAGUGUAUUAAAGAUAUAAUACUGUAUACAUUUUGUAUAUCAUUAAAUCUUUAAAUCUAAAAUAAAUUUAUUCUUGUUUA